AUGCCCAUCCUUGAGAACUCGUCUUCGCCGCCGGCCUCGUCGCCGCUGCCGUCGUCCCAGGUGAACGUCGAUGCAUCCCCACUCGGUGACGAAGUCUCGCUCAAGAACUACAAGCCCUCGUCUGCAGACAUGGCGUACUACUACGAGCACUUCCUGCCCUUCAAGUCCAUCUAUUUGUGGCUGAACCACUCUCAGGCCCCGCAGUCCGACUUCACGAUGCGCGAGUUCGCAUUUGAGUACAAAUCUGGCGCGUACCAGCGGUACAACUCGUUCCAUUCGGCCACCGAGUUCAAGCAGUCUGUGGUGAAGGCCCAGCCGACGCGGUUCGAGGUCGGAGCCGUGUACCCUGUGGAGCCGCGGAUGCGCAAAAGCGUGUCAAAGGCCUUGAUGAAGCCGGUCGCAAAAGAGGUGGUGCUAGAUAUCGAUCUGACCGACUACGACGAUGUGCGGACGUGCUGCUCGGGCACAGACAUCUGUCCCAAGUGCUGGCGGUUUAUCACUCUGGCAGUGAAGAUUGUGCACCGUGCACUGCAGGAGGAUUUCGGGUUCGAGCACCUGAUCUGGGUUUUUUCUGGAAGAAGAGGUGUCCACUGCUGGGUGAGCGACUACCGGGCGCGGAUUCUGGACGAGAGCAGACGGCGGGCCAUAGUGGAGUAUCUGGACGUUCUGAGCGUCAAGUCGAAGAAGACGCUGAAUCUGAAGAAGCCGUACCAUCCGCAUGUGGAGCGGGCAGGCUCUGGCGCGGACAGUGCCGGACUACAAGCUGUCGAGCGCGCUGAUCAGACACUGGAAGGAAGUGCCCGGCCGGACGAGCGCGGAGAAGUGGCUCGACGUGGACGCGUACUACCAGCAGCUCAAGGUGCGGUCGUUCGACUUACAGGACUGGAAAAAGGAGACGAUUUUCGCCACGAUGUAUCCGCGGCUGGACGUAGAGGUGUCGCGGCAGAUGAACCACCUGCUGAAGUCGCCAUUCUGCGUCCAUCCCGGCACGGGGAACGUGUGUGUGCCGUUCGACCCGUCCGAGAAGGAUUUCGACCCGUUUGCAGACACGCCGAACCUGGGCGUGCUGGUGGGCAGCGGCACGACCGAGUGGCAGAAGACGGGGCUGCGCCACAGCGUGGAGCUGUUCAACAGGUUUGUGAACCGUCUGGUAAGCGAGGAGGUGCGGCACAAGCGGGGCCGGGCGGAGGAAAAGGAAGAUCUGGAGUUUUAAAAACAAAAAAAUAUCUUUCGCUAUGUCCUGCCGUUAAAAAAAAUAAUCUCACUCUGGCGGUGUUUCUCCAAACGGCAGGUGAUAGUAGCAGGCUCGGCAUAUAA